GCUGCAAAAAAGCCCAACAGGAAAUCAUGGAAACAAAGGACAGAUAUGUAUUUGAGACCUUUUUUACUAAAUGUUUUCUUUUCAAAACGAUUUAUCCAUGCCAAAGUCAUGCAUCGAGGAACCAGCAAGGUGAUAUCUGUUGCUACCACAAACUCGAGAGACUUGAGGAACACAUUGCCAUCACUUACUGAUGAUGAUGCUGCUAGGGUAAUAGGCAAAUUGAUUGCAGAGCGAUCAAAAGAAGCUGAUGUCUACGCCAUUGCAUAUGAACCUGGGAAGAAUGAACGA